CGGGAUGUGGGGCAAGAAGGAAAUGGAGGACGAGGAUAUAAAGGUGUGGUUUGCGUCCCAUUUUCUUCCAGACCUACAUCAGCAUCGGCAUCCGCAACACUUUCAUUCGUCACUCACGACUCUCGCAUUCCUUCAAACUCUUGUCCAUUCGUCCUGAUCCACCAUGAAGUUCCUCGUCAGCCUUGUCAGCAUUGCCUUCGUGGCCACCUCUCUUGCAGCUCCCACCAAGCUGGAGGCCCGACAGCUAAGCAGCUCACGCAACGAUGUUAAGAACAAGAAGUGUGCAGCAGUGACGGUCAUCUAUGCCCGUGGAACCACAGAGGCUGGAAACGUCGGAAGCAUCGCCGGACCACCUUUCUUCACCGCGUUGGAUAAAGCCGUCGGAACCACGGCUGUGCAGGGCGUCGACUACCCCGCUGAUGUUGCCGGUUUCUUGGCUGGCGGCAGCAGCGACGGCGCAAAGAACAUGGCUCAGUACGCUCAAACCGCCAUCACAAACUGCCCGGACACCAAACUCGUCCUGUCGGGCUACAGUCAGGGCGCCCAAGUCACACGCAAGGCAGCCGCUCAACUUGGAACCGCUGAGGCCAAGGUAGUUGCGAUCGUACUCUUCGGCGACCCAAACAACGGGGACUCCUGGGGCGAUCUGCAGUCCAAGACGAAGACCUUCUGCGCGACCGGUGAUCUUAUCUGCGCUGGACAGAGUAUCAUCCUGGCCGCACAUCUCGGUUACGGUAGCGAUGCCACUGCGGCUGCGAGCUUUGUCAAGAGCCAGAUCGGUUAG